UGGUUACAUAUCUCUGAAAUCUGAAUCUGACUUCAAAGGACACAGCUUUCUUUCUUCUAAACUGAGGGAAGAAGAACUAAGUCGGUGAAAAAAUGGCGAAUCGGAAGUUAGAGAAGAUGGCAUCAAUUGAUGUUCAUCUUCGUCAACUGGUUCCUGGUAAAGUUAGCGAAGACGACAAGCUUGUUGAGUAUGAUGCUUUGCUUCUAGAUCGGUUUCUCGAUAUUCUCCAGGAUUUGCACGGUGAAGAUCUCCGUGAAACUGUUCAAGAGCUUUAUGAGCAUUCUGCAGAAUAUGAAGGGAAGCAUGAACCUAAGAAGCUAGAGGAGCUAGGGAAUGUGCUAACGAGUUUAGAUCCAGGAGACUCCAUUGUUAUCGCCAAAGCUUUCUCUCACAUGCUUAACUUAGCCAAUUUGGCUGAGGAAGUGCAGAUUGCUUAUCGCCGUAGGAUCAAGAAGCUGAAGAAAGGUGAUUUCGUUGAUGAGAGCUCUGCUACUACUGAAUCUGAUCUUGAAGAAACUUUCAAGAAGCUUGUUGGAGAUCUGAAUAAGUCUCCUGAAGAGAUCUUUGAUGCUCUCAAGAAUCAGACUGUGGAUUUGGUUUUGACUGCUCAUCCUACUCAAUCUGUGAGAAGAUCAUUGCUUCAGAAACAUGGGAGGAUAAGAGACUGUCUGGCUCAACUUUAUGCUAAGGAUAUUACUCCUGAUGACAAGCAAGAGCUCGAUGAGGCUCUUCAGAGAGAGAUUCAAGCGGCAUUCCGAACAGAUGAAAUCAAAAGAACACCACCAACUCCUCAAGAUGAGAUGAGAGCAGGAAUGAGUUAUUUCCAUGAAACUAUCUGGAAAGGUGUUCCUAAGUUUCUUCGCCGUGUAGACACGGCUUUGAAAAACAUAGGGAUUGAAGAACGUGUUCCAUAUAAUGCUCCAUUGAUUCAAUUCUCUUCUUGGAUGGGUGGUGAUCGUGAUGGUAAUCCAAGGGUUACACCUGAAGUCACCAGAGAUGUUUGCUUGUUAGCUAGAAUGAUGGCUGCUACUAUGUACUUUAACCAAAUCGAAGAUCUUAUGUUUGAGAUGUCUAUGUGGCGUUGCAAUGACGAGCUGCGUGCGCGAGCUGAUGAACUUCACGCAAAUUCGAGGAAAGAUGCUGCAAAACAUUACAUAGAGUUCUGGAAGUCAAUUCCUACAACCGAGCCAUACCGUGUGAUUCUUGGUGAUGUAAGGGACAAGCUUUAUCACACACGUGAACGCGCUCAUCAAUUGCUCAGCAAUGGACACUCUGAUGUCCCUGUAGAGGCUACUUUCAUUAACUUGGAACAGUUCUUGGAACCUCUUGAGCUCUGUUACCGAUCUCUGUGUUCAUGUGGUGACCGUCCAAUAGCAGAUGGAAGCCUUCUUGAUUUUUUGAGGCAAGUCUCAACCUUUGGGCUCUCUCUUGUGAGACUUGACAUAAGGCAAGAAUCUGACCGCCACACCGAUGUAUUGGAUGCUAUCACCACACAUUUAGAUAUCGGAUCCUACAGAGAAUGGUCUGAAGAACGCCGUCAAGAAUGGCUUUUAUCUGAGCUAAGUGGCAAACGUCCGCUUUUCGGUUCUGAUCUUCCUAAAACCGAAGAAAUAGCUGAUGUUCUGGACACGUUUCAUGUCAUAGCAGAGCUACCAGCAGACAGCUUUGGUGCUUACAUUAUCUCUAUGGCAACUGCACCUUCUGAUGUAUUAGCUGUUGAGCUUUUACAGCGUGAAUGCCGUGUGAAACAGCCUUUGAGAGUUGUUCCGCUCUUUGAGAAGCUAGCGGAUCUGGAAGCAGCUCCUGCUGCAGUUGCUAGGCUCUUUUCUGUUGAUUGGUACAAGAACCGUAUUAACGGUAAGCAAGAGGUUAUGAUUGGUUAUUCGGAUUCAGGGAAAGACGCAGGACGGUUAUCCGCUGCUUGGCAGUUAUACAAAGCUCAAGAAGAGCUUGUGAAGGUUGCUAAAGAGUACGGUGUGAAGCUAACAAUGUUUCACGGUCGUGGUGGCACGGUUGGAAGAGGAGGCGGACCGACCCAUCUUGCUAUAUUAUCUCAGCCUCCGGAUACUAUUAACGGUUCGCUCCGUGUCACGGUUCAAGGUGAAGUCAUCGAGCAAUCGUUUGGUGAAGAGCAUUUAUGCUUUAGAACACUUCAGCGUUUCACUGCUGCUACACUCGAGCACGGUAUGCGUCCUCCGAUUUCGCCUAAACCGGAAUGGCGCGCUUUGCUUGAUGAAAUGGCAGUCGUUGCAACCGAGGAGUAUCGUUCUGUUGUGUUCCAAGAACCUCGGUUUGUCGAGUACUUCCGCCUUGCUACACCGGAACUUGAGUAUGGUCGUAUGAACAUUGGAAGCAGACCUUCGAAGCGUAAACCAAGUGGUGGCAUUGAAUCUCUCCGUGCUAUUCCAUGGAUCUUCGCUUGGACUCAAACAAGAUUCCAUCUCCCUGUAUGGCUUGGAUUUGGAUCAGCGAUUAGACACGUGAUCGAAAAAGACGUCAAGAACCUCCAUAUGCUCCAAGAUAUGUACCAACACUGGCCUUUCUUUAGAGUCACCAUUGAUCUCAUUGAAAUGGUGUUCGCUAAAGGAGAUCCCGGGAUUGCUGCUUUGUACGAUAAGCUUCUUGUUUCAGAGGAACUCUGGCCUUUUGGUGAGAAACUCAGGGCUAAUUUCGAAGAAACCAAGAAACUUAUCCUGCAGACCGCUGGACACAAAGAUCUUCUUGAAGGAGAUCCUUACUUGAAACAGAGACUGAGACUUCGUGAUUCUUACAUUACGACUCUCAAUGUCUGUCAAGCUUACACAUUGAAGAGAAUCCGUGAUCCAAGUUACCAUGUGACUCUCCGACCUCACAUCUCUAAGGAGAUAGCGGAAUCGAGCAAACCAGCGCAAGAACUCAUCGAGCUUAACCCGACGAGCGAAUACGCGCCUGGACUUGAAGAUACACUCAUCUUGACCAUGAAGGGUAUUGCUGCUGGUCUACAAAACACCGGUUAAGUUACAAAGAGAUGAUUAAACAAACUUUGAGUCUCUCCUUUCUUUUUUAACUUCGGAUUUGGAAAAUAAGGUUGGAUUCUGGUUUAUUUAUGUAUCCACCGUCAAAAUGUUGAUUUUCGUGUACGAAUCCUUGGAGAUUAUGAACACAUGCUCUGUUUUUUUCUUAAGUGUAAUAAAACAGAACAAGAGAA